GUAUUCAAACACUAUUCGCAGUCGAAUUGAUGUGACCUAUUCUGUUUGUCUGAUAUAUCUCGCUUUCGGAUAUUGUCGAUAUUGUACCAGUAAUUAGUCGAGUCACGAAGAAAAAUAAAAUUGAGCGGUGCCGUUAUACAAACAGAUUAUUGCGUCGAGCGAGUUAUAAACGGGCAACAACCCAAUUAGGAGAGAAUCGAUAGAAGGAAACAAGAACAAUCCUUGAAGAGUGAUCCGUGCGACAAACGUUAAGAAAAGAGAACAGCAUUAAAAAAUAUAUGAGUGUGCCUUAUCAAUGUAAUAUCUGCGAAUAAAGCUUCAGUUUGGCGACAGAAUUCAUAAAGUCUCAAGGAGGUUUACUAACGUAACAAAAGCAAGCGCAGCCAUUAUAACAACGAAUCCAACAAACAGGAAGAUCUGACCAGGAACAUACGUAUUUAUUCCAACAUAUAAGAGAAAAGUAAUAUUAUGGACCCGGAAUUACCUUUGGAGAGUGAUUCGUCCGGCAAACAUUUUAGCAGAAGCAGCGACAUUGAAAAGUGCGAGAAUAUGCUUUACAAAUGUGAUGAUUGCAACCAGAGUUUCCGUAGAAAGUACGAAUUGGCAUCUCAUUGCAUGGAGGUCCACAAACAUUUAAUACACCAAUGUGAACAUUGCAACUACGAAACCAACAACAAGUUCACCUUGCAACAACAUUUUACAAGAAUACACACGAACAAUUACGACUAUAAAUGUCCUGAGCAAGGUUGUAAAUGGACGUUCAAAGUGAAAGUGGAUCUGACGAAGCAUAUACUACGUGUUCAUUUUAACGAACUAGAGAAAAACAAUAGUGCGGACCUGGAACCGUCUUUGGAGAGUAAUGCGUGCAGCGAACAUUCCGACCAAAGGAGCAGCAUUAAAAAGUGCCAAAAAGUCCCUAGCCAAUGUGACAUUUGCAACCAAAGGUUCCGUAGAAAAUAUGAAUUGACAAGUCACUACAUGAAGGUCCACAAACGUUUAAUGUACCAAUGUGAAGAUUGCACCUACGAAGCCAACGAGAAGCGCCUGUUGCAAACGCAUUUUACAAGCAUGCACACGAACAAUAACGACUACAAAUGUCCUGAGCAAGGCUGUAAACGGACGUUCAAAGUUCAGGAGAAUCUGAACAAACAUAUACGACGUAUACAUUCUAAUAAACAAAAAUAUAGCAAUAAUAUGUAUCUGGAAUCAUCUUUGGAGAAUGAUCCGUGCGGCAAACAUUCCAGCCAAAAAAGCAAUAUUAUAAAACGCAAAAAAGUUGUUAAUCAAUGCGACAUUUGCAAUCAAAGGUUCCAUAGAAAGAAUGAAUUGAUAUGUCACUAUUUGGAGGUCCACAAACGUUUCAUAUACCAAUGUGAACAUUGCAACUACGAAACUAACGAUAAGGGCAGCAUGCAAAGGCACGUUAGAAGAAUUCACAUGAACAAUUACGACUACAAAUGUCCUGCGCACGGCUGUAAAUGGAAGUUCAAAAUAAAAGGAGAUCUGACGCAGCACAUACGAUUCAUACAUCGUACAAUGUGUUCAUUUUAACAAACGAAAGAAAAGCAAUGUGCGGACGCGGAGCUGUCCUCGGAGAAUGACCGAUGCGGCAAACAUUUUAGAAGAAGCGGCAUAAAAAAGUACGUAAGAGAUCCUCCAAAACGUGUAGCCAACGUUUCGACAGGAGGAAAGAGUUGGGACAUUACCUCUGGCAGGAUCACGGACAUCGCAUGUACAAUUGCGACGAAUUCAAUUACGUAUCUAACGGGAAACGGUACUUGCAAUAUCCCUUUACAUGAAAGAACGUGCGCAAUUACGAUCACGUGUGUAACAAGGAAGACUGCUACGAGAAGUUCAAACUCGAGUCUGAAGAUCUGAAGAAACACAUAAAGUAUGACCAUUCGAAUGACUCGUACCAGUUGCCCGAAAAUAUGAUCAUUUAGGCCCAGUUUUGUAAACAAUAAGAGGCACGGGGAUAUGUAAAGAAUACAGAAGUAGCCUGUUCAAUCUAUCGAUGUUUAAUAGGAAUUUCCGGAAAUCAUGCGUUGUGGCUGGGCUAAAAAUCCUACAUCUGCAAUGUUGUACGGCCCGGCGUUUAUACAUCGGCGAUUUUUCCGCAUUCACAUGGAGAAGGAACAUACCGAUUCACUUCCGAUUCAAUAAAGUGAGACGAUUUCGGGAGUAUUGUUGCAAAAGAUUGUUGUUUUAUAAGAACAAAAGACAAACAGAUUGUCGAACGUGGCAUAGAGAACGUAUAAGAAAGACGUGAUGAAACAGUCUGUGCUUGAGUUUACACACCCUCAUCAUACACGCUAAUGAGCUUAAUCAUAUGCGCCUAACCAUAUAUGUACGCUUAGACGCACACACGUGCGUCCACACGCAAUGUUUGUGUUUAGUAAACGUAUCUCUUUGCGGAAUUCUACUUUUAGUCCUUUUUAAAUUGUGGUUUUAUUUCUGGACAUUUGUUCGCAAUAAUUCUAUAUUUUCUAUAUAUUCUUACACACGCACGCGUGCAUGCGUGUACACACGCAUGCACGCACAUAUAUACGCGCACCCAAUUUUCUGAUGAUAAGAACAGUACAUAGGGAAGAAUUAAAGGACGACUAUAUGACGUACGUCGUGUACGUGUAUUUUACUUACAUGCCGAACGAAACAUAACAUUAAAAUUGUGCUUUUAUAUAA